AACUUUCUUAUAGACUUCUGGCAUUAGGUUGACUCCUAGCUUCAAACCAAGAUCUGUGAGAAUCAGCCCAGCACCAAAAAAUAGAAUUACAGAUAAUACUCUGUUAAUUUCACCAAAAUUCAGGUUGGCUUAUGAAGAAAUCAUCCAAGAGCAAGCAAAAGUUCGUCAAUAUGAAUCAAGACAGAAUCAGCAACUUACCUGAUUCCAUUCUCUGCAAAAUCCUUUCAUUUCUCGACCUCAAAGAGUCUAUUCAAACUAUUGAAUUGUCCAAAAGGUGGAUUCCCCUCUGGACUUACCUUCCGGAUCUCAACUUUGAUUUUGACCGAUACAGAUUCCAAUCUCCUUCCCCGGUAUGGCAAUCUCAACAAAUCUUGCUUCCUUAUACUCAUUUCGUUAAUCAAGUUCUUUCUCAUCGCGACAACAGCUCAAGCAUACAUAAAUUUCGAUUAGCCUUUGGCGUUAGCGUUAAUGUUGAUCCAAGCUUUGUUUAUAACUGUGUCGAUUAUGCAAUAAACCAUCAAGUUCAAGAACUUGAUAUAGCUGCAUAUCAUUAUCCCAAACCAUUCCAAUUUCCUCAAUGCCUUUUCACCUGUCGAUCCCUGCAAAAGCUUAGACUGAAGAGUUACUCUCAGAGCAUGAUUAUACCAAAACCCUUUUGCUUACCUACUCUGAAAUCACUGCAUCUCGAACGCUUUGAGUUUAAGGAUGGUGAACCCUUUUGUUUUCCUAAAGAACCCUUUUCGAGUUUCGAAAAUCUUCAAGAGUUGACCUUAAAUUGUUGCAUAGUUGAUGGUUUAGCCAUCUCUGCUUCCAAGCUUAAGGUAUUGGAAUUGUUGUUUUAUGGUUCUCUUCCUCAGUUUUCAUCAGAAUCGAAGAUGGGAACUAUUUCUGCCCCAAACUUGACUUCAUUCAAGUUUGAGGGUCAAGUUUCUUUGGUUUGUGCUAUGGAGGAUCUUCCCUGUCUAGAGACGGUUUAUGUGGACCUAUACCCACUUCUCGAACGUCCAUAUACAGAUCAAAUCGAAGAAAAGAUGCCCAUGAAUCUGAUCAAGUUUCUGGAGCAGUUGAAAAAUGCCAAAUAUGUUACUCUAUCUUUGUCCACCGUUGAGGUUCUUGCUAUGGAGUCCAUUGCUCUCGAAGAUCACCCUUCUCCAUUUCAUAAUAUGAACCGUCUAAAAUUGAUAACUGAACCAGCUUGGCAAUAUCAAAGCACAGUUCCCCCUCAAAAUGUGAUGAAUUACUUGACUGGGGCAUCUUGUUUUGGUGACUCUCUUGUGGUGGAGUUGGGUAAAGCCUAAAGGUGCUUUGUAGUUGAUUUCUCCUAUGUAAUUUACACAAGUCAUUUUAGAUUAGAACGGAAAAAAAAAAAA